AUGCCCAGUCACAACACCAAUGCUCAGAAGGGAAAGGCAAAGGCAAAGGAGACAGCUCCUCCCGCUCCCAAGCCGGACACUUCGGAAGUUGAAUUACAAACUCUGAUGCGCAAUGCAAAGGUUAAGGUCCUCAUCGUGGAGGCUCUGGGGAACGCGGAAUUUGUGGCCGCGGAUCCUUUGAAGCAGGAGAUGGGGAAGAAAAAGAACCAUUGGGUGCUACGUUUCCUAAUUGCAAAUCCGUAUGUACCCAACUUCCGGGCGCCCCGGGACGUGCUGGUCCUGCGCGGCAAUCCGGACGAAACCAAGAGUUGGCAGAGCAUCCUAAUGGCUGCCGCGAUUUCACUGCCCAAUGGUUUUACCUUCUUCAUCAAGCUGGCUACGUUGUCUGGGAAACACAUAAAGCCGAUCAUGUUGGCAAAAACGUCCAGCCAAUCCAAGAUACUGAGGCUUUUCAUCAUAUCAUCGGCUACAGAUAUAGUCCUUCACGUAUCGACAGAGCGCCCAUUGCCAAGGCUACUUUCGAUUCUGGACACGUUCGCCAAUUGA